AUGGGCUACACAAACUAUCGAGGAUUAUGUGAUGACUAUCCAACGAGUAGAGUUUUGGCAGCUCUGACACUCGGAUUGUACACAGCUCUGGUGAUUGCCAGUUUAAUUGGUCAAUUCUACAAACAAUGGAAAUUAAAAACUAAUAGGAUAGGACACAGAGAGGUGAAUUACAUAUCCAUCGCAAGAAAUCCAACACUAAUGGUCUUGGGAACUAUCACCUCGUACAUUUUCACACUAGUUCAAUUGUUGAGAGUUGUCAUUUCGAGGAAAUUAUUUCCCUGUUUCAUGUUUUCAUUCACUUAUUGGAUGGGUGUGCCUGGAUUGGCUGCCAUUAUUCUUGGGAGAUGUGUUCGAUUGGUUGCCUUGACUUGGAUGAAUCAAUUGAAAGUGAAAAUUGGAAAACGAAAGUUAUUGAGUCAGAGUUUCAUGUUGGAGAAUACGGAGAGUAGGAGUUUAUUGAUGGAUGAGAAUCGAGUAGAAUUGAUGAGUGCAAGUAAUGUGGAGCUGCAGAGUUUGAGUGGAGUUUCCAUUUCACAAUCGUUUAGUUCGAUUGGGGCCUUGAUGAAUGAAGAUCAACAAGAUCUUGGCCCAGCAACAAAUGUGGAAAGUAGUUCAGAACAGAAAGAAAAGAAGGACGAAAGUAUAGUGACUAGAUCAAAUAAUGAAACAGCAAACAACAAGAGAAACUCUGAAAAUAGUGAAGAAAUUAUUCGAUUGGGAUCUUCCAGAUUCGACAAGCAAAAAUUGAGAAUGUAUCGAUUUUUUACCAGCUCAAAAUUCAUUGCUAUUCUAUUUGCACUGAUCUAUGGAACCCAUCUGAUCAUUUACUUUUCAGUUGGAGUUGCUGAUUAUUUCAAUGUCCAAUCAGGUUCAUUGGAAAAGUUACAAAACAAAAAGUUGUCCUUUGUGGUGGGAACUCAUUUGUUAUCAGAGCAGGGAUGUGGAAAUGGAACUUAUAAUUUGGUGGUGAUGGCCACGUAUUUUGGAGCUUAUUUGAUACUCUUGUUGGGAUUUGUGAUUGUAGCUCUGUUUAUGAAGAAUGAUGUGUGGAAAAUCAAAUGGGAAUUGUCAUUGAUUUGUGUGGGAUGGUUGUUGUCGACAAUUACCUAUGCUGUUCCUUCAUUCUUUAGUGAUAUUACUACAUUAGUUGACUAUUUCUUUCCAUGGCAAUUAUUCCUUAUAUUUGGAUGUAUAUGGGAUACAUUUGUAGCUCAUUUCCUUCCAGUUUUUGUCUAUCAGAGGAAUAGAAAUUCAUCAAAACCAAGAGAUUCUCAAAGUUCUGGAGGAAACUCUUCAAAUCACAUCAAGAAGUGUUUAACUUCCAAAAAGUGGAAUUCAAAAUUCCUUUUAUUCAAUGAAAAGAGUUAUUGUCCUGAAGAUGUCAUGAUGUGGAAUGCCAUUGAACAAUUCAAAAUGAUCAAAUCGAAUAAGAAACGAGUCGAAUUAUUCAGAACUAUUGUGAGAACCUACAUUUUGAUUGGAGCUCCUCUCGAAUUGAACAUUGCUCGAUCUACAAAUGGUAUUCCAGAAAUUAUAGAACUCUGCAACUCGAUUAACGAAACCAAUUUGGAAAGCAUCUCAAUUUCCAUUUCAAUUUUCAAUGAAAUUCAGCAGGUUUGCGAACACAACAUGGUUGAUAGUUUUCUGAGAUUUCACUCUGAAUUUAGAAAGGAAUUGGAACAAGAAUUGGGAAUUAAAUUUGAAGAUAUAUAG